AUGGCGGCCACCGAAGAGAUGGGUUCAGAAUCUGUCAUGACGAACGCCAAUAACUGGUUUGGAAUGUUGUACUCUUGGUUCCUCUCUCUAUUUAUCCGACCACCGCCCUCGUCGUCGCACUCGCAAACCAUGUCUGAUUCUGAUUCUCAUUCUGAUGAUGCCACUGUUAUCCGAAUUUCAGAAUAUCAAUCAUCAUCACCCAAUGAUCUUCAGGGUUCUGACACUAACGAACUCAAAAAACCUAUUAGUUCACCGUUGCAUGUGCAGAAUUCAUGUACUACAAGAAGCCAAACAAGUGACAGCUGGUGGUGGGGAAGUUCAAGCCCAGCAGGUAGCUGUAGCUCUACAGCCUCGACCUCAUCAAGGUCAACUGAAGGACUACCUACCUUCAGCACCAACAGAGAGGAAGUUCCAAACUCCAUUGUCGAGCUUUUUCGAGGUCAGGAAUUGGGAAAAGUAGUGAUGGGCUUUGUUAUGCCAAUAACAACUGUUCUCAUAUCGGUCUAUCACAAUGAUUCCUCCUCGCAUCUUCCAUGGCACUUCAUUCUUAUGUCACUACCCAUAGGGGUCACCGCGUUGUUCAGCGGUAUCUUACUACGGGAUUCCUUCCCCAAACUCGCCAUCAUACUCGAGCUACUCGGGGCUGCUUCUAUUUUGUUUGCCUUCUUCGGAGUGGUCGGAACACUAGUUCCACCAACCAUAGCUUGGGUUUCCUGGGUAUGUUUUGUUGUCUCUCUUCUACCAUUUGUCUUGAUCUGGGUUCCUCUUAGAGAACGCUCCUCUGAAUUGAGAGGCUCUAAUGUUUGA